AUGCCAACUUUGUUCUCCUCUCAUUAUCUUUUUAAUAUUUUCUUUUUAUUCAUCUUAUAUUUUUCGUACUCUCCUUUCCUUGAUCCUUACUCUCCUUUUCUCGGUCCUUACUCUCCUUUUCUUGAUCCUUACUCUCCUUUUCUCGACCCUUACUCUCCUUUUAUACGUCCUUACUCUCCUUUCCAUUCUCCAUUCUUUCUAGUUUCUUUUCCCUUCAUCUUGUUCCGAUCAAUCACUCUGCUUUCUCCCGUCUGGUAUCAUUUCCUCCCAGCUCUUUCUCGUCCUCAUUUUUCCUCUUCCUUUUUCGUCAUGUAUUUUAACUGUCUCCACGCCUCUCUCCGAAAAGAUUCCAGAGCCGCAUUCCAAUUGAAAGUCACCAAUGUAAAUAUCCUUACCUUUUCAGCCUUUAUGAUUAACCGGGUUGUUGGUAGUACAAUUUAUUCACGUCGGCAACGAUUGCAACUUUCUCGCCUUCCUCCUCAUCCCGACGCAUAUGGUGGGUUUCAGAUGUGGAACAAGGCCAAAAGUACCAAGUAA